AUGGUAAAUACCAAAAGAGAGGUCCUUGGUUUCAGGCUUGCCCUGGGGCUCAGCCAGCUGCUCAGCAAACCAUUCCCGCGUAAUCGACAUCUCAACCCCCAUGGUCGACCAUUUUGCUGGGCCCAUUAUUUUUUGGGACUCAACACCGAAGGAAGGUACAUCACGGGACGGUCCGCCAACCUGGGUUAUCUUAACACUCUUGACAGAAUGGGCAGGAGCCAUGAACAGAAAGAGGUGCCUAAAAGCUUUUCAGCCUACGAGUUCCUGUGCACCUCCAUUGAUUACGCGAUCGCCGCCUUCUGGGCACACAAUUCCUUUGCUGCGCUGGCAAGCCUUGUAUUCCUCGGCCCUGGACUUGCGAACUUCUGUAGUGUGGUCGUUUUGUAUACCCAGAUCCAGCCAUUCUGGAGAUACUGGAUGUAUUACUUAAACCUAUUUACGUAUCUGAUUGGUGGUCUGUUUGAGCAUGUUGUGUGGCAUGUCAAGAUCGAUUGUCGCUCUGAGGAGUUGACACACAUCCCGUUGCCAAACAGCAACAGCACCACCUAUGGAGACUACAUAGCUAAUUUCAUCCGAGAUAAAGUGUCUUGUUUAGAUAGAUUGACUAGAUUUCAUAGUUGUUUCACUAUCUACAAGUUGUGUAUCACUCCAUUGGCUGAAUAUACUAGCAAGGCCCUUUUAAGGUGUUGGCGAGGAGAUGUUGCGAUACUCUAUGGCGAUUAUAUUGCGGGUUUCAUUAGAGAGAAAACUGGUUAUAUUAAUAAUACCGAGUCAAAAAGCACCUGUUCGUACUGUCCCUACACCACAGGUGCCGACUAUCUCGGUCAAUUCAGAAUUGACGAGAAUACUUUGGUUAGAGAGAUGCAAGUUUCUGUCUUCGCUGCUUAUCGUGUUCGUAUUACUGACUUAGCAUUACACGGUGGCAUUACGGCUUCGUUCUGCGUUAGUUCAUAUGCUCUUGUCUUGCUUAUGAUGAAGCUGCGCACAAAGUCAACAAAGACAGCAAGCUGA